AUGCGUUCCAUCACACUCCUGGCCUCAUUAGUCACCGGAGUCCUCUCAGUCGCGCUCCCAUGGCAAUCCCCAACAGAACCAGACAGCGAAACCCAGCUUCCACUCGUGAUCUGGCACGGUCUAGGCGAUGAUUUCCAACGCGAAGGCCUCAUUCAAGUCGCCCAACUAGCGGAAUCCACUAAUCCAGGCACCUACGUGCAUCUGAUCCGACUCGGCGAAGACGGCAGCAAAGACCGCUCAUCAACCUUCAUUGGCAACGUAACGGAGCAGAUCGCGCUAGUCUGCGAACAGCUUGCAGCGGACCCAAUCCUCAGCACAGCACCUGCCAUCAACGCCCUAGGCUUCUCGCAGGGCGGCCAAUUCCUACGCGGAUACAUCGAGAGGUGCAAUUCCCCGCCUGUACACAAUCUGGUCACAUUCGGCAGCCAGCACAAUGGCAUCUCUGAGUUUGAGUCCUGCGGGCCGAGCGACUGGAUCUGUAGGAGUGUUGAGCUACUGUUGCGAUCAGGACGGUGGACAAGCUAUGCGCAGUCACGGGUCGUACCAGCGCAGUACUUCCGUGAUCCCACGGAGCUGGAUUUGUACCUGGAGAACAGCAAUUUCCUAGCGGAUAUCAACAACGAGCGUGCAGUCAAAAAUGAAACGUAUAAGAAGAAUCUAGCAUCGCUGAAUCGGUUUGCGAUGUUCAUGUUUGAGGAGGAUACUGUUGCUGUUCCCAAGGAGACUGCUCUCUUCUCCGAGGUCAAUGCUACUACAGGAGAGGUGACGCCUCUACAAGAGAGGUCGAUCUACAAGGAGGAUUGGCUGGGACUGAAGCAGCUUGAUGAGCAAGGCAAGCUGGAUUUCAAGACUGUGCCCGGGCAGCAUAUGCAACUAUCUGAGAAAGUCUUGCGCAACACUUUUGAGCAUUACUUUGCUCCGCUAGGGAAGCAGGCACGCCCAUCAUUGCCGGGUCUCGUUGUACAGCGCCAGCUUUGA